UGGGGCCAUUCUUCCUGGAGGGCAAUUAUCUCUGCAUCUCAGCAAUUGCAGAACGCUAAUAAAAAAUUCGAGCAUAUCAUAAAAAUAUCGUAAAAUACGUUUUAAAUCUCGUAUUUCACCAAUAAUUUCCCUGUGAUCACAGUUUCCUUCCAUAAAACAAAUUUUUUUCUUAUCUAUUGAUCUUAAUUUUGGUCUCACAUUUAUCUAAUUUAGUAGAACGAGCCCCAACGUUCGAGUCCUAUAAAACUAAAAAUAAAAAAAUGUCGUCAUUACACCAAACCAAUUCGUAUUCAUCUCAUAACAAUAAAAUUUUAUCGAAAACGCGUCGAAUCGUGAAACACGAACAGCGUAAAAUGCCAUUUUUAUCGAACCGACGAUGACGAUGACAUUUCAAAAAAGUUUUGACUACUAAUCGACUCCUCAUUAAACCCAAUACCGUUUUCUAUCACAUUCUAAUGACCGAAAACUUCGGGAAUCCCCGUGCGAUAAUCUUCCCGAUGAAUCCCUCCCCUUCAAUCCUGAAUCCUGGAAUGAGACAAUGGAUCGUCAAGUAUUGAAUUCCACAAUGGCGAACAGGUAACGCGGAAGUGAUGGUGAAGAUUCCGGUUAUAAAAUGUCGGCAUAAAAAAGUAUCGGUGUUCAUUGCUGAAGGUGUGGGACAGGCGCCGGCUUUGGGGGGGAGGUCUCCAAGCGCGAGUGAUAUAUACGAAUUAUUAAUUACCACAAGCCAUCGGACUUUUAUAUAUUGCGAGAACUGAUGCUGUGGGCCCAUACCGCGAGGGAAGAUAAGUCGCCUCGGAGUGGGACCUUCGAAUAGUACUCGGGCUUUGUGAACAAACCCGCGGUUUAUUUCGCGUCAUUUCGAAGGGAAAUCGAGUGAUAAUCGGUAUCAGAGGGCCGAGUGAACGGGACAAUCGAUUGAGAAGGAAAAGUAAUCAAGAAGCCAUGGCGUCCUUCAAUCGUCUCGUUCUCCUGGUGCUCGCCGCCCUCGUCAUCGUCUACCUGACGACAUCAGCAAACGCCACCAAAGACCGAGUCGGUACAUGUAUCCGGAACUGCGCACAAUGCAAGAGAAUGUUCGGCGAGUACUUCGAGGGUCAGCGUUGCGCUGAAUCCUGCCUCAAGUUCAAGGGGAAAUCUAUUCCGGAUUGCGAGGACAUCAACACUAUCGAGCAAUUUAUUCAUCGGGUCGACGAGGACGAGGACUAGGGAGGGCCAUUUCGAGUCUGGCGCGACUUU